GGAAGUAUGAGAACAGUCUAGACCGGUGCCUGAACGUGAGUGUUGAACUGAAACCAUGCUGCUCGUGAACGGUUAGGUUCCCGCGUGUAUCCGUGUGCUCGUGCUGCUCCGUUAUGAUGCUGGAGCGGAGCAGGGUGACGGUGCUGGAGCGGAGCAGGGUGACGGUGCUGGCGGACAUCUUCUUCAGCAGGAGACACUCCUCUGCGGAGGAGGAGGAGGUGGUGCACUGCCGCUGCUCUAGAGCUUUUGUACAGGACCGAGAGCUGUACCGCUCUGACAACAGACUCUUCUCCUUUGACACUGCUGUCCAAGAAGCUGAUGAUGAUGGUGAUGAUGAGGAAGAGGAAGAGGAGGUGUUGGACGAAGAGGCUCUGCUGAUGGCCAGCAUGGGUCUGCCUCUGGCCUUUGUCAGCUCAUCUGAGCAGAGGACAGAGGGGAGGAAGUCCAACAGGAAGUCUGCCAUGUACCGGGCAGAGCCAGCUGAAGAUGAAGAGGAGGAAGAUGAAGAUCUACAGGUCGACAACAAAGGUGAGGUGAAGGAAGUGUUUGCUCCACCGGAGGAAGGAGCAGGAGGGAUCCAGGAUACUGGCUGGGAAACCUACUGGGCUCAACAGGGUGAAGCUCUGCUGUGGAGCAGCUGGCUGGAGAAACAUCCAGAGACUGAUCUGCUGUCUACAGAUCCAGAAGCAGUGACUGCUCCUUGGGGUGACCCAGACACAAAGGCUGUCUGGGACAAACAUGCCGCAGAGACCUACUACUACUACUGGGAGCAGUACUCAUACUGGGUAGCACAGGGCUGGACCACUGAGGAGUCCAUUUGUAAUGGGAAUACUGGUGGGGAAGCAGCAGCAGGAGUGAUGGAGACACACUCAGAGGAACGGAGGGAUGAACAGACUGGAACUGAGAGCCAGCAGACAGAAGAAGUCAGUGCUCUUCAUGAGGACGUUGAGGUUCUGAAUAAUCUUUUUGGACAGAACUGCACAAUGGAAGCAGGCCGGAGCUGUGUGACUGAUGACAGAGCGCUCUGUGGAUCUGAAGACGGAGUGCUCUGUGGAUCUGAAGAGCCCUCAGAUGGGAAUGGUCGCAAGAGACCUGCUGCCUCGUCACAGCCCAACACAGCUGAACAAACCAAUUUCCAGCAGGCUGCUGGUAGCACUGGCAGACAGUUUAACUCAAGAAUCAACAUGUCAAAUAGAGGAGAUGAUAAUGAGGAUGACAAACCUCCAGGAGGACAGGCUAAAGUCAAACGCAGUCAUGAGCUGGAUGAGGAGGAGAGCCCAAAUCUGACGCCAGAGGAAGCCUGGAGUAAACUGGGAUUCAAACAUAACCCGGAGCCUCUGUUCGACAGCGUGUUAAGCUUUAAAGGCAGUGCUGGUCCACAGCGUCAGAGGCGGUGGUGCAGCAAGAGAGCAGUCUGCAGCAUCCGCAAACACACCAGGUUCUCAGAGUCGAUUGGCGACAACACACAGCCACAGAUCAGCCGCUCCCUCUACAAGGUUCAAAAGUUUCUUGAAAAGAACCAGAGAGAGACACAGAUGAGUCAGUGUGAGCAUGCUGAGAUGGGAGAAACAGAAGACAGAGCUCCCUAUCUGCAACAAAUGAUUGGAGAGGAGGAGAAGAGGAGACGGAAAGAGACAAAGGAAGGAAAUGAAGAGGCUGAAGGAGAAGAGAGUUCUGAUUUACUAGACACACAGAAGAAGUCCACUCAGCCCAGCACCUCCUUCAGCUCUGUUACUGAGACUGUAGAUGAUGAGAGGGGGGAGGAGCAGCAGGAGCAGGACCAGGAGGAGGAGGAGCAGCCUGGAAGACAGUUACCAUGUCUAGAAAUUCCUGACUUUCUCCUUUCUGGUGCACCUGAAGGCAGCAGUGAGUUGAAUAUGAAGGAUGGAAAGAAGCCGCCGAAGAAGAAGAAGAAGAAGAAGAAGAAGAAGAGUGAGCUAUGGGUGAAGCAGCAGGUCCCAGCAGCGAUGGCAGCUGAACCAGAGCUGGCUAAAUACUGGGCUCAACGCUACAGACUCUUCUCACGCUUCGAUGAGGGCAUCAGGCUGGACCGAGAGGGCUGGUUCUCUGUGACACCAGAGAGGAUCGCUGAGCACAUCGCCCUCAGGGUGGAGCACAGCUUCUCCGACUCACAGCUGGUCAUAGAUGCCUUCUGUGGUGUGGGAGGAAAUGCCAUCCAGUUCGCCCUCACUGGAAAGAGAGUCUUGGCCAUCGACAUUGACCCAGUCCGGUUGGACCUGGCGCGGCACAAUGCUACUGUUUACGGUGUCGCAGAGCAAAUCGACUUCCUGCAAGGCGACUUCCUUCAGCUAGCACCCGGUCUCCGUGGCGAUGUGGUCUUCCUGUCACCACCAUGGGGAGGGCCAGACUACCUGACUGCUGAAGUGUUUGACAUCAAGACCAUGAUGGAGCCUGAUGGAUUUGAGAUUUUCCGCCUGGCCAAACUGAUAUCGGAAAACAUUGUGUACUUUCUGCCUCGCAAUGCUGACAUGGAUCAGAUAGCCUCUCUGGCUGGUCAAGGAGGGAAGGUGGAGGUGGAGCAGAACUUCCUCAACAACAAGCUGAAGACUGUGACUGCAUACUUUGGCAGCUUGAUAAAGUCAGAUGGAUGAGAACGCUGGCAAAAUGUCACUAUCUGACUUCUGUCUAUGUAUUUGUGUGAUUUGUAUGAUAGAUGUCUCAGAUUCAGUUAACAAGGCUGAAGUUCUGUGAAUUUUUACUAUUUCAAUUCAUAUUUUAUCUUCUUUUCUAAUGUACACGAGAGCCAAUAAAUGUUUUUCAAAAUGUUUGGUUAUAUAUUUA